AUGAAAACGAUGGAAAAUCCCCACCGAUCAAACAUACCGGCAAAACCGGUGUCUCCUCCACCGAAGCUGUUGUGGCAAGAUUCGCAGCACAGAGUCGCACUAAACACUGUGCUUAAGAAACAUUAUGAACUGAGGCCUAAGGCUCUUACGGUGGAUGACAAGCUGAAGGUCCUUGGAUGCAAAGAUCUUGAGAGAAGAAUUGUUGAAAGUGAAAUGGAGUUGGGACAGGCGAAGAGUCAAGGCUAUCUUAACAACCAGAAAAGUCUUUCUUCUUCUUCAGGGAAGAAGAAGAUGCUUGCUGUUAUUGGAGUUUACACAGGCUUUGGGAGUCACUUGAAACACAAUAGAUUUAGAGGUUCUUGGAUGUCACAAGAUGAUGCUUUGAAAAAGCUUGAGGAAAGAGGAGUUGUCAUACGCUUUGUGAUUGGUCGGAUGUUUUUUCCUACUCACUUUAGUCUUCAUUUCUUUUGA